AAGUGAGCGAAUGGAGACUGCUAGAGAGGCCAGGGUGGGGACGGGAGGGGCUGUUUCCUUCACUUGUCCCCUCCACCACCUCUCGUCUCUUGCAGCUCUUGCUUUUCUAGCCCGCAGGAUCAGCUUCGUCCAGCGAGACCCGUCUUUGCUCUCUUAAGUUAGAGAAGAUCCAGGAGAUUCUUUGAAGCUGCCUUGGAGUCCAGGGUGAGGAUGGAAGAGGAAGACUCAGCUGGUCCUGAAGCAAGAAGAGGCUAUGAGGACAAUGAAGUUGGGAGCAGUGGGAAAUUCUGGGGGAAAACUGUUCAGAAGUUCUUGGGAGAGGACAUGGCCACCUCAGAUGUCCCGUGCUGGAGAUUCAGGCAGUUCUGCUACCAGGAGGUCGAGAGGCCCCUAGAGGUUUGCAGCCAACUCCACAGCCUUUGCCGUCAGUGGCUGAAGCCGGAAAAAAACACAAAAGCUCAGAUCCUUGACCUGGUGAUCCUGGAGCAAUUCCUGACUGUCCUGCCCCCAGAGAUGGAGAGCUGGGUGAGAGAAUGUGGAACAGAGACCAGUUCUCAGGCAGUGGCCCUGGCAGAAGCUUUCCUCCUGAGCCAGGCAGAGAUCAGGAAGCAGUUGCUGCAGCAGCAGCAGGAGAAAUGCAUGCAUUCGAUGCAAAGGGUGUGGAGAGGCCUUUUGAGUGGGGCCAGGCAGCAAACAAGAUCAGGUAUCCUUUUUGGUGUCCUUCCCAGGUGGCAAACUCACACUGACUCUCAAUUCCAGGCCUUCUUGUCUUUGUGGCAGAGCAGAGGCAGCCUCUGUGCAACUGGAGCAAGUAGGGGCGGGAUCCUGCAGGAGAAGAAGGGGGCGUAGCGUGGGGGGUCUGCAUCCCUUGUGCAUUUCCCUGAGCCUGAAAAAAUCUCCCCCUCUUGGCUUAUAACAUAAGAACAGCCCUGCUGGAUCAGGCCCAAGGCCCAUCUAGUCCAGCAUCCUGUUUCACACAGUGGCCCUCCAGAUGCCCCUGAGAAGCCACAGGCAGGAAUUGAGGGCAUGCCCUCUCUCCUGCUGUUACUCCCCUGCAACUGGGACUCAGAGGCGUCCUGCCUUUGAGGCUGGAGGUGACAAACAGCCCUCAGACUAGUAGCCGUUGAUGGACCUCUCCUCCUCGAAGUUAUCCAAACCCCUCUUAAAGCCAUCCAGGUUGUUGGCUGUCACCACAUCUCGUGGAAGAGAAUUCCACAAGUUGAUUAUGCGUGGUGUGAAAAAGUACUUCCAUUUGCUGGACCUAAAUUUCUUGACAAUCAAUUUCAUAGGAUGACCCCUGGUUCUUAUGCUUUAUGUGAGAGGGAGAAAAAAUUACCUCUCUCCACUUUCUCCACACCAUGCAUGAUUUUAUAGACCUCUAUCAUGUCUCUCUGCAGUCGUCUUUUUUCUAAACUAAAUAGCCCCAGGUGUUGUAGUCUUGCCUCAUAAGAAAGGUGCUCUGGGCUCCUGAUCAUCAGCAUA